GUUAUUUAUUUUGACAGGUGGUAGCAUGAUAGCAAGCUAACCACCGGCUGAGACGUCAAACUACAUAUUUCCAGAAAAUGUCGUUUAGGGAUGAGGUAUACACGCAUACAUUGGUUUACUCGUCAUCUUCGUCUCACUUACGGCACUGACAUCUAUUUUCAACUGCAGUCGUGAGAGAUGGCAGUCGAACAAUUUGUGUCAAAGACAUUGGAACUUCUGCAGGAGGAAAGGGAGGCUGAAAUAGAGGAAACCAGGGUUUGGCAGGAGAACAUCUCUCUUAAGGAUCUUCAAAACAAAGGAGUGUGCCUGCUUAAACUUCAGAUCGCAAGUCAGUCCACAGGUCUCUAUGGUCGCACAGUUAUUGUCCUUGAGCCAAGAAAGCAUCUUGGCCUCUCAUCUCUUCCAAGCAACAAUUUUGGACCUGGUGAUAUAGCUGGCUUGUACGAUUCUGGUGGAUGCAGUGCGACAUCUCAUAUCAGCACGGGGAUUGUAACAAGGGUCAGCCAGGCGUCCAUUAGCGUGGCCUUUGAUGAUUCAAAGGAUGGGCUCAGUUUUGAUACAGAUGCUCUGUACAGCCUCUUAAAGUUGGCAAAUGAUGUGACUUACAAACGAAUGAAACGUGCAUUAAAUGUGUUAAAUGGAUACAAAAAUGGUCCGGCUGCAAAUCUAAUCAGUGUGCUCUUUGGAGAAGCCAAACCUUCUUCUCAUUCCCAGCCAGAUGAGGUAGAAUUCUUUAACUCCAAUCUGGAUGAUUCCCAGAGAGAAGCGGUGACAUUUGCUCUGUCGCAGAGAGAACUGGCAGUAAUUCAUGGACCUCCAGGAACUGGCAAAACCACCACAGUGGUGGAGAUCAUUCUACAAGCUAUCAAACGAGGCCAAAAGGUUUUGUGCUGUGCUCCUUCCAAUGUGGCAGUGGAUAAUUUAGUGGAGAGAUUAGCCUGGUGCAAGGCCAAAGUUUUGAGGUUGGGUCACCCUGCCAGACUGCUGGAGUCUAUACAAAAACAUUCACUGGAUGCCAUCCUCGCCAAGAGUGACAAUGCACACAUCAUUGCUGACAUCCGCAAAGACAUCGACAAAGCUUUUGUGGGAAUGAAGAAGAACACAGAGAAAGGAGGGCGGGGGAACUACAGGAGGGAAAUAGGCGAGCUAAGAAAGGAGCUGAAAACCAGGGAAGCAACAGCCAUCAGCCAGAUUCUUCAAAGCGCUGAUGUCAUUUUAUCAACCAUCACAGGUGCAUGUGAAGACGGGCCUCUGAAGUUCCUGCCAGCUGAGCAUUUUGAUUGGGUGGUGAUUGACGAGUGCGCUCAGUCGCUGGAGAGCAGCUGCUGGAUCGGCCUGCUCCGAGCACGCAAGUGCAUUUUGUCUGGAGACUACAAGCAGUUACCACCUACCAUCAAAUCACACACGGCUGCUGCCAAAGGUCUAUCUCUUAGUCUUAUGGAAAGACUCAUCCAGAUGUAUGGAGAAUCAGUUGUGCGCAUGCUGACCAUCCAGUACCGCAUGAACAGUGCCAUCAUGGAAUGGGCCUCCAGAGAGAUGUACCAAGGCAGACUGACAGCCCACAGCUCAGUGGCGACACAUUUAUUAAAAGAUCUACCUGGUGUCACCUGUGUUGAAGAGACCAGCACACCUCUUCUUCUCAUCGACACAUCCGGCUGUGGUCUGGCUGAAACAGAGGUGGCGGAUGAGCAGUCCAAAGGCAACCAAGGUGAGGUUGACAUCGUGGCUCUGCACAUAAAGGCUUUGACUGAAGCUGGUGUUAAUGAUAAAGACAUAGCUGUCAUUGCACCCUACAAUUUGCAAGUUGAACUUCUGCGUCAGAAACUUUCCGUAAGACAUCCAGAGCUGGAAAUUAAAUCAGUGGAUGGAUUUCAAGGGCGAGAGAAAGAAGCUGUGGUUUUAUCUUUAGUGCGGUCCAAUAGAAAAGGUGAAGUUGGAUUUCUGGCUGAGGACCGAAGGAUAAAUGUGGCUGUUACACGUGCGAGACGUCACGUGGCUAUCGUGUGCGACGGACAGACAGUUCAGAACCACGCUUUCCUAAAGACACUGGUCCAUCAUAUGACUGAGUGCGGGGAGGUCAGAACUGCAUUUGAGUACAUACAAGACCUUGUCCCGCAGAACUACGUGCGUGACCACAAAGAUACAAAGACAGACACAAUGGCCGAACAGAAGGUCGAGGGGAGGAAAGCCAAACCAGUUCAGAAGAAAUCAAGUGGAAGCAGCCACACGAAAAAUGGUAAACAGGAUAAGCACAUGAUGUCCUUAUCAGCGCUCACUGAUGAAGAACAGAACAAGAACAGACAAAGGGAGAUUAGAGGGAUGGUAGAGGAUUUUCUAAAGGACCUCAAUCAGAGGGAACUCGAUUUUCCACCAUCAUUUAACUCCCAUGACCGCCUUCUGGUGCACCAGUUUGCCGAAGAGCUCGGCCUCAUGCAUGAGAGCAAAGGCGAGGGCAAAGACAGGUGCAUCACAAUCUCUAAGCAUGUUACGCCUAGACCGCCUGAGUCAACCACAGCAGAAAAGGAAGAGGAGCUAGAAGAAAAAGAGGGAGCAGACCCUUCUCAAGAUAAAGACAACCCUCAAAACACAGAAUCUUCAAGCCAAAGUCCAUUAGAUCUAAAAGGUUUACAUUUAGAACGAAUGAAGCGGGAACAGUGGAAAAGGGAAGAAAAUGUCCAACUUAAGAAGCAGCAGAACAUCAAAGUAUCUUCAAAGAAGGCCACUCCAGCUAAAGGAAAGAAGCGAACCAAGGCAGGCGCCUGCGAGAUUGCGGCUGCCGCUUCUCCGGACGACAACUUCGACGCUCUCAUCAGCGCUGUGGUGAAGGCAGACAGCGUGUGCAGUUUUGUCAAGUGUAAAGCCUCGGUGCUAACACUCGGACAGCUUUGUUUUUUCUGCAACAGACAAUAUUGCCUCAGUCACCACAUACCAGAGGUACACGGCUGUGGAGAUAAAGCAAAGUCUCACGCUCGCAUGAGAAUAAGCAAGGAGGGGGUCCUGUACGCCGGCAGCGGCACUAAAGACAAAUCCAUGGACGCCAAUAAGAAAUCUUAUCUGCAUCGUAAACUCGACUCCAAACUCAAAGAUAUGGCAUCACAGAGGAAAAUGAAAAAAAACAAAGAGAUGGAUGGUUAACGUUGUUGGAAUAAAGUGGUGUGAAUUCUACCACAAUGUCUUUUUUUUUUUUCCAUCUUUUAUUUUGUAAACAAGAUACAUUGCACUGGACAACUGAAUACAUUCAUACACAUAAAAACACAAUGUAGCACAUAAGGGAGGCAGACAGGUAAUAUAUGCAACACUUUGUGCCGCCAUGUUUGAGAUAAGAAUACGAAUACAAGUGUUAGUGUUACAUUUAGAACAGGGCUCUUCAAAGUGUGGUCCCUCAGAGAAUGUAACACGUUUGGAGCAUCCCUUGCCCCCUAGAAAACUGUUCUGCGGAGUUUCCUGCUCACCCCGGACUCAAAUUCUUUGUCUGUUCCUUCAAUGAUGUCUACUGGUGCCUCCAAGGGAGGUCACCGCACACUUUGAAAAACCCUGCUUUUGUCAAAAUGUGUUCAAAUCCUUGAAUUUGUAAGUCGUUAUUAUUCCACUGACAACGACAGCUAUCACUGGGAUUGUUAUGAUCUGAAUGUGUGCUCUGUUUAACAUGACAGGAUGUAGAGGUAGUUUAUUCUUACAUUGACGUGGUGAGCUGAUGAAGUGGUUUGGUUUAUUUAAAACAACAAUGUAUCACGUUUCGUGAUGGGGCAUCAAUAGAAUUCAAUUGUUUGCAAGCUUUGAACUUUAAAACGGUGAUGGUUUGAAAGCAUUGCAAACAAAUGUCAAAGAAAGUACACAUUAGCCACCCCUGUACACUAAUCAGCUCCAAUGCAAGAGCUGUGUAUCAAAAGUGCUGCCUUUGCAAAUGUACAGAUUUCUAUUAUUACAGUUGUUUUAGUCUGCAGUGGUGUAUAAAGGCAAUGCAUCACGUUUCUAAUGUUUUAUCCAACCCCAAUGUUAAAAAAAUAAAUAAUAAAUACAUAAUGAGUUUGAGAUCAGCUAAAUAAUUUAAUUAAAUGCAAAUUCCCAAGUCAGUAAAGCCACCACUACAGAGAUUUGGAUUAUUCAUUGUAGUUGUAUGGUGUUCUAUAGUUAAUGAAACAUGCAAGAUCUGACAUGCAGAGUCCUCCAUUCUAAAGCUCCUCACAUUAUUUAAUCAAUCGAUAACUAUUUACAUAUGACUACAUACAUGACAAACCCAUAUUGAAGCAACCAACCAGUAGAUUUCCUUCACUGUUGAUGUGGAAAAGAAAACAAGGAAUUUCUAUGAAGAACACAAUGUGUGUCGACCCGGUUCUUUCAUCUCAAUAAAUAUGGAGAAAACAGCUGUAUGCAAGUUUUGUAAAGACAUGAGAGUCUGGUUAAGUUUUUGCACUACACCUCAUGAUGGUACAGUCUGUACAAGAAGAAAAUAACAAGAAAACACAUGAUAAUAUGCAUAAAUAGGUGUAAAUAAAGACAUGUCAUCCUUUUAUAAUACAGUGAUUUUGCUUAGAAUAGCAUGGCUUAAAUUGUAAAGUACUGAAUAGUCC